CUACCAUGUUCAAACUAGCGAUUGUGUUGGCAUUGGCGUGCUUCGCUCAUGGCCUACCUACUCAGGAAUCUGAGCCGCGAAACGUCGCAAUAAUAACACGAGCACAAUGGGGUGCAAGAGCGCCAAACAGCCGGACCACUCUUGCCACACCUGUGCCGGAAGUUAUCAUCCACCACACCGUUACCGGAGCUUGUACUACACAGGACUCUUGCGCAAGUCAAAUGAGGAGUAUGCAAAAUCAACACAUGAAUAGUAACGGUUGGGCAGAUAUUGGUUACAAUUUCUGUGUAGGCGGCAAUGGUCAGGUAUUUGAAGGACGAGGUUGGACUACACAAGGAGCACAUGCUCCCGCCGUUAACAACAGGAGCAUCGGAAUUUGUUUGAUUGGAACCUUCACUUCUGUUAACCCACCUGCUGCACAACUGAGCGCCACUCAAAACCUUAUAAGCAUGGGAAUGUCAAACGGUCGUAUCCAACGUGCUCACUGGCUACGUGGACACAGACAGGUUACGGCCACAGCGUGCCCAGGGGACGCUCUGUUUAAUACCAUUCGCUCAUGGCCAAAUUUCCGAGCCUAAUUUCAAUGGAACUUACUUCAAACGAUUGGACCAUUGAUGUUUAACAACUGACGACA